AUGGCACAAGUUCUAACUUCUUUCCCUGAAGAUGACAAGUGUCCUAAAGUUUGUACCGACAUUGGAGCCUUUAAGAAGGCGGAAAAAUCUCCGGAAAAGGCUCAGGAGGAAAUCAAGGAAGCUAAAGAGGCAAGAGAUGUUCCACCACCCGCAACUGAUGGUGCCCCGGUCGCUCCAAUAGAAAAUCCCCCAGAGACAACGCGACCUCCACCAUCAGGAGAAGAAUAUCUCCCAAAUCUUCGACCUGGACAAGAUGGCAAAGUAGACUGGACCCCAUUAGCCGACAUGACAGGCACUAGACCAGGAGUCAAUAAAUACUCCAUAAGUAGAUACUCUUUGAGCGAAUGGAGGCAACAUAAUAAUGAAAUCUUAGAUCCUGAGCCAAUAACGGAGUCAAAUAUAGUAGAUUACAAUGCUAAGACAGCCAUCAUGCAAGCGUUCGGAAAUGUUGACAAACAACAAAGCGAAAACAAUAAAAGGUUAAAACAGAAAGCUAGAGAUAUUUUCAGGUGGAAAGUCGAAGUAGAGAAAGCUUGCAAGGAAAUAACUGAAGAGGUUGAAUUACUUGAAAUUGAACGAAUGCGGCUUAAAGGAGCUUCUAGAGUUCUCAUGUUACCUGAAUCUAUUUCUAAAGAAUGUCUUGACCUUAGAUCUAAUCGCUUUGAACCCGAUUUGGUUGCUGAUUUAGCAGAACAGGAACUGAUCAAAGAAAUGAAUUUGGUGUCCGAGGUGAGAGGUACACUAAAAGCUACUUUAGAGAAAAUCGAAGAACAAAUGGCUAUCAAUAAGGCAGCUAAGCAUAGGAUCGAAUAUGAUUGGUGCGAUAAGCAGCUAGCAUAUAAUACUGAAGUCACAAACAUUGGUCUUAACACAAAAUCUAGUACUAUAAUGUUUCGACCUGGAUCAACUAGAUUUGGCGAUUACACAGCUCCUCUAGAGUAUUGGGAGUUCUUCUGUCGAGAGAACGUUCAAAAUUGUGAGGCUGCCCGACAGAACUCGCAAGAUCUCCGAGGCAGUCUGAAUGCCAUCUUAGUGAACGGAGGCAGAAAACUGAGGAACCAAGCUGACAAAACAGACAUGGCUUUAGCCGAGACUGUAGCGAUCACGCAAGAGUUAUGCACCAAGUUGGAAGAAACUUUAAGAAGCACGUUGCAGAAAAUUGCAGACAUGGAAGCGCUGAUAGACAAUUUACACGAUUCUAUAAGAAAGAUGGAUAAUGCUAUGAAGUUAGCGCAGACUCGGCUUGACAAUAGAAAUAAUUGGAGGCCUCAUGGAGAAAACGUGAGGGAUCAGCCUCAUUUGGGACUUAUUGAUGAGGUUAAGAAGAUUCACGAGACGGUCACGUCACUUCUUGGUCAGUUGCAUAAUGCAGAACGGGUGAGGAAUGAUUUGUUGAAGAAGAGAAUAGUGUUGGAGAAAGACAUUGCAUCGAAAAGAAAGACUUUGAACAUCGACCGUGAUCGGUGCGGGAUGGUGAGAUCACACUAUCCUUCUGCUUCGGAAUUGGCUGGGUACUGA